AUGGCCACAGUGGUCCGGUCGCAGACGCCUCUGCAGGACACUUACGGCGCCAUCUCACAGCCCGCAAAUUCCAUAUUCUCAGGUCGGGGCUAUGGAUCGCGGUCUGCUUCUAGACCGAACUCCUUUAUAGCCUCCAACUCCGGCUACAACCUUGCUACUGGUGCUGUCGCUGAACCCCCGGUCACGCAGAACGGUAAAUUUCAUGAGGAGUUCGAUGUCGCCAGCCAACGUGGUUCCGUCGUCUUCGAGGGCCCGUCAUCCGCCGCCGUACAGCGUUCCGCAUCUCAGAUGUCCAACUCCCGCUCCGCGACACCCACGCGAUCCGGUACUUUGAAAAAGAAGUCCUCCCUCAGCAAGAGAGGCAGUAUGCGACGCAGCGGGAGUAAGAGGAGCCUGCGCGCGGGAAGUGUGAGGAGUCUAGUCCUAGGCGAUAAGGAGAAGUAUAGCGUCGACGGCGCCGAAGAUCAGAACAGCGCAUUCUACAUCCCUGUUCCUACGAAUGGAAACCCGACGGAAGUUUUAGCAGAUCGCUUUCAAGCUUGGCGUAAGGUCCUAAAGGAUCUCAUUGUGUUCUUUAAAGAACUCCAGAAAUCCUACGAAACUCGAUCCAAACUAUUCAUGUCGGCAUCGAAUAUAAUCAACAAUUCAGCGUUACCUCCCACUUUUCUCAAAUCCGGCGGCCUUGCUGAUGCGACCGAUAUUCUGCGUAAUUUCCAUAAACAGGCAUAUCAGGAAGCGAGCAAGGCUGCUGAGGUGGAAAACGAGUUGGUCGCUCAGCUAAUGGGACUCCGAAACGACCUGCAAAAGAAAACCAAGGAGAUCAGGAGUCUUUCGGGCGACUUUCGAAACUCGGUAGAUAAGGAGGUUGACGCCACCCGCAAAUCCGUCCGUCAUCUGCACGAAGCCCUAGGCCUGGUCGACACGGAUCCGGCGGCCACAGCCGGAAAAGGAGACCCAUUUAUCGUCCGUUUGAGUGUCGACAAGCAGAUUGAAAAGCAGAUUGAAGAGGAAAACUACUUGCAUAGGGCGUUUCUGAAUUUGGAAAAUUCGGGUCGCGAAUUGGAAUCCAUCGUGGUUAGCGAAAUUCAGAAGGCAUACAAAACUUACGCCAACAUCCUCACACGGGAAGCCGACGAGGCGUACGAUGCCGCCGAGAAGCUUCGAGCAGGGCCCAUCUCGAUGCCACACGACCACGAAUGGAACUCGUUCAUCGCAGAGACCGACGAGCUAGUCGAUCCGCGAGUUCCCCUUCGAGACAUAGAGAAUAUCUCCUACCCUGGUAAAGACCAUCCCGCCGCUGCAGAGGUCAGAUCGGGUAUGCUGGAACGUAAGAGCAAAUAUCUCAAGAGCUACACGCCUGGCUGGUGGGUCUCAUCCUUCCCUUCUCAACUCAGCCGAUCGAGUGGCAUGGCAAACACCAGUGAUGUCGCUGUAUCUCCCGGAGCAAAAGCUUGGUUCGCAUUCGCAACCGGAUUCCACAUCCCAUAA